AUGGGAGAGGUGUUAUCCGAAACCCGAUCACCGAUGCCAUUAUUGUAUAGGCGCCAUUCAAGCGGCGAGGUGUUGAAAAACUUGGCUUCCGUCUCGAGCAGCCUUUUGCCUGCAUUUGGAACACUUGUUGGUGACGAUUCUCCUUUUCUUAAGAAAUAUGUCAUUGCACCAUAUGAUCGUAGAUAUCGGUGGUGGCAAGCCUUUCUAGUCUUACUAGUCAUAUACUCGGCAUGGUCAUCCCCUUUCGAGCUAGCUUUCAAGAAGGGCGCUAGCGGCCCACUCUUGGUCAUCGAUUUGGUCGUCGACUUGUUCUUCACCAUCGAUAUCAUCCUAACAUUCUUCGUCGCAUACUUAGACAAGUCAACAUAUCUUCUAGUCGACGAUCAUAAAAAGAUCGCCACACGGUAUGUCACACACAUGAUGUUCCCGAUAGAUGUCGCCUCCACAUUGCCAUUUCAGUCCAUCUACCGCCUCUUCACCGGAAGAACCCACCAUGGGCAGAUCUUCGGGUUCCUAAAUCUACUCCGAUUGUGGCGGCUAAGACGUGUUAGUAAAUUGUUCUCAAGGUUAGAGAAAGAUACGAGAUUCAGCUACUUCUGGACCAGGUGCACCAAACUAAUAUGUGUUACGCUGUUCGCGGUGCACUCAGCCGGAUGCUUCUACUACUGGAUCGCGACCCAUCACCGCCGCAUAGAGGACACAUGGAUUGGGUCAAUUGUCCAAGAUAUCGAACAUAGAAGCAUAUGGUUAGGCUACACAUACUCAUUGUACUGGUCCAUUGUGACCCUUACAACCACUGGCUAUGGCGACUUGCACGCGGUUAACACUGGAGAAAAAGUGUUCAACAUCUUCUACAUGUUGUUCAACAUCGGGCUCACAUCCUAUCUCAUCGGAAACAUGACCAACUUAAUCGUUCAUAGCGCUGUUAGAACCUUUGUGAUGAGGGAUUCGAUCAAUGAGAUCUUGCGAUAUGCAAGCAAGAACAGAUUACCAGAAGGUUUAAAACAACAAAUGCUGGCACAUAUGCAACUUAAGUUCAAGACAGCUGAGUUACAACAAGAAGAGGUUCUUGAGGAUCUACCAAAGGCGAUUAGAUCAAGCAUUGCGCAGCAUCUUUUUCGGAAAUGUGUGGAGAAAACGUAUUUGUUUAAAGGGAUUUCGGAAGAUCUUAGCAGCCAGUUGGUUACAGAUUUGAAAGCUGAAUACUUUCCACCUAAAGUUGAAGUUGUACUAGAAAAUGAGAUACCAACUGAUUUCUAUAUUGUGGUUUCUGGAUCUAUGGAGGUGCUUACACAUCGGAAUAGAACCGAGCAUUUAUUAACAAGUCUAGGACCGAUGGACGUGUUCGGUGAAAUCGGUGUGUUGUUCAACAUUCCACAACCGUUCACGGUGAGAAGCAAGAAACUUUCUCAAGUAGUUCGAAUAAGCCACCAUCACUUCAAGGAACUAGUGCAGCCGCUUAACCAUGACACAAAGACGAUAAUGUCCAAUUUUAUUCAGUACUUGAAGAACUUAAAGAAGGAGGUACAAGACGAGAUAACCUUCUUAACAGACCAUCUUUGCGACUUGAACAUCGAGCAAGUAUCAGAAAACCAUGAUACAUCGGAUUAUGAUCAAGAAGACACACCCAUAACUAAUACACCAUCAAGAUCAUCUCCAUCGAGGGUGAUCAUCCAUGCGCAUAAACCACAUGAGGAAAGACCAGAAACCGGAAAAGUAGUCCAGCUGCCAGGAUCAGUGUCAGAGCUAUUAGAGUUAGCAGAGAAGAAACUUGGGAAAAGAGGGAGUGUAAUUCUCAUGGAGGAUGGGUCUCAAGUGGAAGAUCUUGAGGCUUUAAGAGACAAUGAUCACCUGUUUAUAUUUUGACAUAUUACUAGCAGACCAA